CCACGUAGCUACGCAGUGACGUCAGAGAAAGAGAAGAUGGCGGCUGUGCUGAAGGCGGAAGCGGGGCAGUGCGGGCGGCCGUGCGUUGCGUGAGACUCAUCCUGCAUGGACUCGUCGCCAUGAGCAACAAGGAGAUGGUUUCCACGGAGACAGAGAACAAAGGACAGAGGAAGGUGUUUCUUCCUAACAAGCUGCUGGAGUGUCUCCCUCGUCUGUCCGGUCUGCCGAACGAGCGCCUCAGGUGGAACACUAACGAGGAGAUUGCUUCUUACCUGAUUUCAUUCGACCGACAUGACGAGUGGCUCUCCUGCACCCUCAAAACCAGGCCGAAGAACGGCAGCAUCAUCCUGUACAACAGGAAGAAGGUGAAGUACAGGAAGGACGGGUACUGCUGGAAGAAGCGGAAGGAUGGGAAGACGACGAGAGAGGACCACAUGAAGCUGAAGGUCCAGGGCAUGGAGUGCCUGUACGGUUGCUACGUCCAUUCCUCCAUUGUGCCGACAUUCCACAGACGAUGCUAUUGGCUGCUGCAGAACCCAGACAUCGUGCUGGUCCACUACCUGAACGUGCCGUCCCUGGAGGAUUCUGGGAAAUGCAGCCCGCUCAUGUGUGCGGUGACCGACCGCCAUGACAGUGUGAGGUGGAGCCGAGACGACCUGCUGAGUCAGCUGAAGCCCAUGUUCCACAGUAUGAAGUGUUCGGUGGGUUCAGGAGAUUUCAGUAUCGAGGAGCUGGUCCAACACAUUCUGGACCGACAGAGAACCAAACCUCAGCCGCGCACACACGCCUGCCUCUGUAACGCCGCCCAGGUGUCUUCAGGAGUGAACAUUCCCCACCGCUGUAACAGCACCAAGCAUCGCAUCAUCUCCCCCAAACUGCCUCCCUCCUCCUGCAGACCCUCCCCCUCCCCGCUGUCCUCUGAGGUGGGGGAGGCGGGGAGAGGAGGAGGAGGAGGAGGAGGAGGAGGAGGAGAAGCCAAACUGCCCCACCUCCAGGCUCAGAGCAGCCCCGUCUCGUCUCCGUGCCCUUCAUCCACCUCGUCUCCACCUCAGCCUCACAGGCCCGCCGUUGCCGCGGGGAACCACGGCAACGGCUUCUACGGAGACCACCGCGGCAGCCUGACGACGGUGGCGCUGCCCCAGAACGCUGUGAUCGUCAUGGCAACGACUACCGCCGCCAUCACCACGGGGGGGCGAGGGGGAGGAGGAGUGGCCAGAGCGGAGGAGGCGGGGCCGGGCAGGAGCCUGUCACUCACCCACUCCGGACAGUUACUGCUCUCCCCCGCCCUCCCGCCUCCUGCAGGAAAGCCCGCCUCCCCUUCCCCUCCCUCCUCCUCCUCCUCACCCGCUCCUCCCAAACUCCCGCCUCCGCCCGUCCAGGCGCCGGGCGUGGCCACUCUCUCCCUCACCCUCCUCCCCUCCCCCGUCAUUGGAGGUCUGCUCCUUACCCCCUCCUCCUCCUCAUCCUCCCUCCGCUCCCCGCCUCCUCCUGCCACCGCCGCCUCACCCCCUCCCUCCCCCUCACCACCCCCGCUUCCCCCGUCCCUCCCCCUGGCCUUCGACCCCGACUCCUUCCUCAACUCUCCCAAACAGGGUCAGACAUACGGCGGCCCGCCUCCUCCCUCCUCCACCCCCUCCCCUGUCCUCUGCUCCUCCUCCCCCCUCUCGCCCCCCUCCCUUGCUCUCUCCCUCUCCCCCACCUGCACCCCUCCCUCCUCUGUCUCCCCUCCUUCCUCGCUCUCCUCGCUCUCCUCUUCCUCCUCCUCUUCGGAGGACAGGAGAGACUCGGCCCUCCCACACUCCUCCUCCUCUUCCUCGUCCUCCCUGCCCCCCUCCCUCUCCCUGUCUCCCACCUCCUCUGUGGCCCCGUCCCUCCUCCCCCUCUGCCUGGAGCUGGGAGCUCUGGGGGAGUCGGAGGGAGGACGGGAGUCGGAGGUGGCGGCAGAUGAAGAGGAGGUGAAGGACAGGAGGGAUGAUGAUGAUGAUGAUGAUGAUGAAGGCAGCGCUCCUCCCACCAAGCUGGCGCUGCUGCAGACAGGCCACGCCUCCCCCAGCUCGUCUCCACGGCAACAGACAGGAAGUAGUUCCGCCUCACUGCUCGUGGUUUGCCAGGACUCUGCGAGCCAACCCUCCCAGCAGCCGGCCAAUCAGACGCAGCGAUCGGCCGACGGACAGCAGCCGUUGGUCCUGCAACAGCGGUAUAAUCACCUGUCUGCGCCUGAAGCUCCGCCCCUGGCUCAGAUGUCCCAUCAGCCCCUGCUGCAGCAGCAGCAGUCCCUCGGUCUGGGUUGCGCUGACUCUAACUCCACCCCCGCGGCUGUCGCUAUGGAUACCACCCAACUGGCGACGCCCCCGAACCAGGUGAAGGACGAGAGCAGACGGGACUACGACUCGGAGGACACCCGCAUGGACACGCACCUGGAGGAGGAGGCGGAGCCCUGCGAGCGUGGAGGGGAGGAGCUCGACAUUUCCUUCGACAGCCAGUUCCCCGACCUCAUCUCUGACCUCAUCACAGAGGAGGCCAAUCCCGUCGCUCCACACCCGUCUGCGGCGCCGAACCCCGCCGUGUUCCCGGCCGGCGUCCGCUACAUGGUGCCCCCCCAGCCCUCGCCGUCCUCCUCCUUCCUCCCGUUCCCUCACCCUCUGCCCUCGUCCUCGUCGACCCGCCUCGCCUCCAUCACGGACUUCUCCCCUGAGUGGUCCUACCCCGAGGGAGGUGUUAAGGUUUUGAUCACAGGACCAUGGAGUGAGCUGUUGGGUCGAUACUCGUGUGUUUUCGAUCAGAGCACCGUCCCCGCAUCGCUGAUUCAACCUGGAGUGCUGCGCUGCUACUGCCCUGCCCACGAGGCCGGCCUGGUGUGUCUGCAGGUUCUGGAGUCCGGAGGGUCGGUUUCUUCUUCGGUUCUGUUCGAGUACCGAGCGAGGAACGCCAGCUCUCUGCCCAGCUCUCAGCUCGACUGGCUCUCAUUGGACGAUAAUCAGUUCAGGAUGUCCAUCCUGGAGCGGCUGGAGCAGAUGGAGCGCAGGAUGGCCGAGAUGGCCGCCCGCGAAAGCAACAACCACCAGCAGCAGCAGCAGCAGCAGCAGCAACAUGGAAGCCAGCUGGCCACACCCCCUCCCCCACCCCCACCUGAGGACCAUGAACAGUCCUCUCAGUGGUUUGAGAGGAGGAUUGUGGGAGUGUGUGAGCGGAUGAUGAGGGGAGGACGGAGGGGAGGAGGAGGAGGAGGAGGAGGAGAGAGGCUUCAUCACUCCGUUCGUCACCGCGGGAUGACACUGCUCCACCUGGCUGCUGCACAGGGAUACACUCACCUGAUACACACUCUGAUCCACUGGAGGAGUGUUAACAGCGACAGCCUGGACCUGGAACAGGAAGUCGACCCUCUCAACAUCGACCACUUCUCCUGCACCCCGCUGAUGUGGGCAUGUGCUCUGGGCCACCAGAGGGCAGCAGAGCUCCUGUACAGCUGGAACAGUUCGGCUCUGGGGAUCCCUGAUUCGCUGGGGCGCCUGCCGCUCGCCGUGGCCCGAUCCCGUGGACACACCCGCCUUGCCGCGGCUCUUGAGGACCUGCACACGCGCACACACAUGACGCCCGCGGACACACACACGCCGGCUACGCCUCAGCCACAGCUGCCCCCGUCUCCGCUGUCCACCAGCCCGGACACAGGUUUGAGCUCCUCCAGCAGCCUCCCCUCACCCAGCGACCCCUCCUCCCCUUCGCCGAGCUCCGCUUACUCCAGUGGCCCCGCCCCCAUGGACACCUCCCCCUCGUCUCCUUCCUCCUCCUCGUCCUCGCUCCCCGUCUCCCCCCCUUCUCCUUCCUCCCUGCCCCUCUCCUCAUUUCCUCCAGUGUCCAUGUGGGGGGAGGAGCCGAAUAUCAGGCUCAGCACAGGUUUGAACCCCGGCUGUUCCAGAGACUCUCUUUACCUCAUGGACUACGAGAGCACCUGCCCCCCCUCACCCACCCACACGGUGGGCGGGCGGCGGUCGCACACAGCGGCAACGCUGGAGGAGCAGCUGCUGAGCUACAGCGAGAACGCUGAGAACGAAGGCGAGGAGGACGAGUACCUGGAGGAGGAGGUGCUACAGGUUGACAUGGCAACACUGGCAGAGCAAAUCAUCGAGGCGACCCCGGAGCGAAUCAAACAGGAGGACUUCCCCAGGGGGGCGGAGUCACCGCUGAGAGAGAGGCGAGACAACCCGGCCAUCCAGGACACCUGGCUGGCUACAUACCUGGACACGGUCGAUGCCCACACACACUCCCCGCCCAGGAGGGUGCGUCCCCCUUCGCCCCUCAGUGCACUGGCCCUCCAGAGGCUCCGCCCCCCCUCCUCUGCGGCGUGGGCGGAGUUCCUGAACGCCUCGGCCAAUGGAAAAAUGGAGAGAGAUUUUGCACUGCUGACACUGACGGACGGAGAGCAGAGGGAGCUUUACGAGGCCGCGAGGAUCAUCCAGAACGCCUUCAGGAGAUACAAGGGUCGGAGGUUAAAGGAGCAGCAGGACAUGGCUGCAGCCGUCAUACAGAGAUGCUACAGGAAAUACAAACAGUACGCGCUCUAUAAGAAGAUGACCCAGGCAGCCAUCUUGAUCCAGUCCAAGUUUCGGUCUUACUACGAGCAGAAGCGUUUCCAGCAGAGCCGGCGGGCGGCGGUCCUCAUCCAGCAGUACUACCGCAGCUACAAGGAGUACGAGAGGCUCAAGCAGGGUCCGAGAGGGGCCUCCGGACACAACACCAAGAUCAAGGGGUCUUUCUUGACGAAGAAACAGGACCAGGCGGCGAGGAAGAUCAUGAGGUUCCUGAGACGCUGCAGACACAGGAUAAAAGAGCUGAAGCAGACGAGGGAGCUGGAGAGGAGAGGGCUCACCACUUAAACCGUGUCUUCAUUUCAGCUCCUGGAGAGGAGAGACGGACGAAGGAUGGUUGAUCUCGUUGUCUUUUGGCAGGUUUACUCUGAUGUACAAAGGGACGGAAACGCAACAGACAUGAUGGAGAGAUGCCUUAUCCCACCCCGGCUCUUCUUUCUUCCUUUCCUCCGCUUCCUUUGAUCGAUCGAUCUAUAUAUCUAAUGUCUUCUCUCAUGGUUGAAUGUAGCUGUCUGUCUGCAGCUUAAAGAGCUUUUUAAUAGUGUCACACCGUCCUAUAGACUCGUUCUCCAGGCCUUUCUCAGCACAGAGUAGUUCUACGCUACGGACCUGGGGCUCUGCAAGUUCAACUCGGGACCCCAGACUUCAGCACUCAAAGGUCCACUUGCAGAUGUUUUGGAGGGAAAAGUUUUCAGCUACUUUGACUUGUGAGAAGCAAUCAAACAAAAUUUUACCUCACUGCCUCCAUUCAUUUUCAUUUAAAUAUGUUUGAUGAGACUGACGAGGCGUUCAAGGAGCCCACAGUGGCAGCUCUAGAACAUGAAACAUGAAGCUUGACUUCAGCACUAGAUUUACACUCCAAGACCAAGUUUAUCCUCCACGAGCAAUUAUAUAUUGAUAUAAAUACACAGAUGCAGUUCAGCUCUCUGCAUGUUUAUUUCAAGUUCAGUAUUUUCAGCAGUGCAGGCAGUGAUUCUCAGCUGUCGUCAAUCAAGCGCAUUUUCUUGUUCUUUUUUUUUUUCCUUUAAAGAUCGUUUAGGGCUCUUUGUCUUGAUUACACAGUCGAUAGUGGAGAGGCAGAGGCAUUUGGCUACCAGGACGCUCCAUCAUGCACAUUUUUUACAUGCACAUACAGUAUUUAUUCGACAUCAGAGUCGGCGGUGAAAAACCAAAGUGCCGAGAUAAGACGGUUCUCCUGAAGAUGACGACGGGUCCUCGCAUCAACGUUGGAGCAAAAAGACCUAAAUCAGCCACGUUUGAAAUUUAAGUGUUUACUUUCUCUAAAAACUUAAUUUGGUGACAUAAUAACACCCGUAGGACCAAAGUGACAGCAGCUCUGUGCCUGUUUACCUGUCUAAAGUCAGCAUCACCUGUGGUCAUUUGGUCUGGACCUGUUUUGAUCUGGACUUUCAAUGUGUUCUGAGACCGAUGCCGUUUCACAAGAGCACGGGGACGCAGUUUGAGAAAGGCCUUUGGGGAAAAACCCUAACUCAACUGAUCUCUCCUGGGAGGCACAGCUCAGGGCAAACCAAGACCCAGGAGUGUCUACGUCUGUUCCCUCCUGCCCACAAUUUACUGCUGUUUUCCUGCCAAGGUCGGGAGACGAGAACUAACAGGACAGUGUGUUUGAGGGUCACCUGAACAAAGAGAUUUCAGACUGAGGUCAGAAAUUCCUUCAGAAGUCUGAAUGUUUGCGGGUCGUCACAUUUUGGAACGGGGAGUCUACACGCUGUGUACUUCAAAAUGUAUAUGAUUAUAAAGCUACUAUAAAUAUAUUUAAACAAUCACAUAUAUAAACAUAUAUAUAUAUAUAUAUUCUAUUGUUGGACUUUAUAGAUGCUAUGGGUGUUUUUAUUUAUUACAGCAUGAGCCGCUAAUGUGAGUUUGUGUGAGUGUGUGUGCUGCACAGACUGUAAGGUCGAGUCUUAAGGAACCCUGACCUCUGACCUCUGACCUCUGACUCUACACAGACAAAACGAAUCAAUCAAAAAACACUGUUGCAAGUUUUGUUCGAUACGUUUACAUAUAUCGAGCAGCAGCGGCUUUAAACUUCACAGUUGAGAUCAGAAUGGGUGAAAAUGCACUUUCAGUUUCUGCGUGAAACUUAAAGAUCGAAGCUGCUGUUCAAACACUGUAGUUCACAAAGCUCAUGGAGGGAAAUUGAUGUUUGAAAACGGUCGGAAAUCACACUCAGAGUUGUUUCUCGGUAAGAAAGACAUGUUGGAAGGAAAUGAUCUCUCUUAUGUCCUUUCGGAUAAAAACAUCCAGACUUCCACUUAGAGAUCAGCCUAACAAGACGUCACGUUUCCUUCCUUCAGCGUCAUCCCUCCGCUGAGUCGACAGGUCGUUGCUUCUUUGCUGAUGAUGGGUCAGAGGUCAAGCCGGGGUUCCCUUCAAACUGUUUUUUAAUUCAUCCAGAAAGUUUUUAGGAUAGCGGCGACGGACGACGCAGCGGCCUCAACGGCACUUUGCUACGAGCAACAAGUUGCUCCAGAACAUUUCCUGCCACUGCUCCUUUUUUUUCAUUUUUAAGCAGAGGCUGAUUGAUGCUGUGCUUUUGUCACAGCGACCACAACGGGGCUAGGGCCAAGCACGAGCCGUCCUCAUAACGAAUUGUUUGACAGAGUUGGUCUUUGGCUUGUUUUCAAAAGAUUUCUUCUUCUUUGGCUGCUGCAGUGAAGCUUUGCAUGAGUUUGUAUUUAAUUGUUUCGCAUUUUAAGACCUUUAAGAUGAAAUACAUUAUUCUACAAGUCAGACGAAUAAAUCAGCUGUUUGCUAUU